AAGGGGUUAAAGUAACAGAGGUCCGAAUCCUAGAGCGGCCCAAGCAUAUGUCAAAGGAAAAUGAUGCGCAGGGGCAGGCGGAAGGGAGACGCUGCUUUCCGGUUCCCUCCCUCCCUCUCUUGACUGGCACCUGAGAAUGACGUAGCUGGCGGCAGGUUCUCCGCGAGGGAAAUGAGAGAGCAGUAGGUGAAGUUUGGUCGUAUUAGCUUCAAGGACAGUCAGAUUCUGCUAGUUGUUGAAAGAUCCAGAUGAUUUGCAGUCUCAUUUGAAGAGUCCAGCUGGAUGAAUAUCUUUAGCUGAAGGACAAGGAUAUUAGCAAGAGCGCUGAGGCAUCCCUAAAGGGUUGAUAGUGAAAGAGAGAGCAGAGAAGAGGCACAACAAGGCCAGUCCCUGUGGGAGGAAAAAGGCUGUGACACAAGAGAUUGUGGCUGGUGCUAAAGCUGGCCAUGGAACCCGAAAUCAAAAUGGAGCAGAGCUGGAGCCCUGAAUUUGGAGAGCAAAGAUCAAUUUGUCCGAAAACUGGGAGGCUCAAGGAAGUUCUCCUUGUGGAAGCCCAACAAAAUGUGAAACAGGAGCCAAACGAUGAGCCGUCAAGGAACUGGGACGCCCAGUUGCAGGAGUUUUUGAAGAUGCUACAGGAUUCCCAUUCUGGAGAGGGAAACCCACAAGUGCCUGAGACAAGGGAUUGGGACAAUCCCAAAGUAUUGGAGGUUACUUCUGAGGGAGUGACAAGUGACCACAGCUGGCCCAGAGCAUUGUGGGCUUCCCAAAUCCAGCCAUGUCUUGCUGGGGAAGCCCAAGAGGACCAUGAGACCGAUUUGGGUGCCACUCCCAGUGGGAAGGAGAAGGCAAGAACUCCGUCUGGGGACGGUGCCGAGAUGGAGAGGCAGCGCCGGUGUUUUCGUGAGCUCUGCUACGAAGAGGCAGAUGGGCCUUACAAGCUUUGCAGGCAGCUCCAGGAGUGUUGCCAUCAGUGGCUGAAGCCAGAGAGACACACCAAGGAGCAGAUCCUGGAGCUGGUGACCCUGGAGCAGUUCCUGGCUGUCCUGCCACUGGAGAUGCAGAGCUGGGUGAGGGAACGUAACCCAGGGAGCUGUGCCUGGGCAGUGACCCUGGCAGAGGAAUUCCUUCUGAGUCAGAAUGAGGUCAACAGCUGGGAAGUACAGGUAAGAUGA